UGUGAUAAGAUUGGGAGGGCAGUCUCCAGAAAAGAAGACAUGAGCUUUAUCAGGUAGGAGAGAGGAGGCAGAAGCGGAGCGGGUGGCCCAGCAGCCAUCCCCAAGCCCCUUUCUCCUGACAAGCCUGGUCCCGUGUGCUGGGGCUCCUGCAGCAGCCCUGUUCCCAGGAGCAGCAGGAGGAGCUGGUGGGAGAGGGAGAAGUCGGCCACCCAGAGCAGGCUCACUCGCCAUGGAGGAGACCAACACAACAGAGCUCUAUCUGGACUACACAGACCAUGCAUAUGUGUUCUAUUGCGAUUAUAUUCAACGACAUUUUACACUAGGUGAUACUAGCCUGGUAAUGGCAUUUGUCUGUACUGUGAUUUGCCUGUGUGGAAUUGUGGGGAAUAUAUUGGUCUUGUGGUUCCUGGGCUUCCACAUGAAGAAGACCCCCUUCACUGUUUAUGUCCUGAACCUGGCCAUCGCUGACUUCUCUCUGCUCCUCUUCCUUCUUGCUAUAUUUACGUUAUAUAUUAUUCCACGAUUUUACUUUUUUUUUUCACCAAAAUAUUUCUGUACCCGAACAAUCAUGCCAAUCCUGUUUCUGUUCUGGUACUUUGCCAGCAUGUAUCUCCUGACGGCCAUCAGCAUUGAGCGGUGUCUGUCUGUUUUGUUCCCAAUCUGGUACCGGUGCCACCGCCCAAGGCACUUGUCAGGCAUCGUGUGUGGGGUGCUCUGGGCUCUCGCUGGACUUUUUGUUUCUUUGCUUGUCAUUUAUAAUCCCACAUCUAUUCAGACAUAUUUUGAACUAUUACGAUAUGUAAGCAUCGGGAAUUCUUUCAUUUUCUCUUUACUGCCACUAUUUUCCAACCUUUUCCUCUUCAUCAAACUCCGAUGUGGUUCAGAGAGACGACGCCCAGGGAGACUCUACGUUGCCAUCCUGCUCAGUGCCAUCUUCUUGUUCCUCUUUGGGUUUCCUCUCAGUGUGGCACUUUUACUUGGCACUCUUUAUCCGCAAUCGUUGUACCUUCCUGUUUCUUACCUCUUGGCAUCGCUAAACAGCAGCAUCAACCCGCUCAUUUACUUUCUGGUGGGGAGUUGGCGACAGCACCAGUUCCAGGGCUCCAUGAAAAGUGCCUUCCGACGAGUGUUUGAAGAAAAGGUGAAGAAUGAGGAGAAGAUCCACGUACCUCGGGUCACUACGGCAGUGACCACUCCGUAAGGUCCGGCUGUCCAUGGUGCCUGGAGCUGUGGAUCCUGGCACACAGGCUGGGAUGGAGGCCCAGGGGCUGGUGGCACAGACCCAGUGCAGCCCAGCUCAGCCAGGCUGGGUCCUUCCCCGGGCUGUGUUCCCAUUGCAAUGACCCUCAUUGCCCCGAACCCAGCGAAUAAACUCUGGUUCCUUU